CCAAACCAAACAUAGGCUGAGACAUUUUGCCCUUCGGCAGGAGCUGAAAUCCCCCGGCCUCUCCCCUCCUCCAUAAAGGAAUCUUGGGAACCGACCGGUUACUGUUCGGAUUGAAGAAAUUAAUUUAGAGUUUGAAGAACAUUCAGAGAAAAGAGAUCCACCAUCGGUUGGGAGAGAUCUAGGGUUUUGUCGGGUUUUAGUUAGGGUUCUUUUAAGGAGGAGGAGGAGGAGGAGGAGGUGAGGGAAGAGAUGAAGGUGGUGGUGGGGAGCCCGGGUACUUGGAGCGGGUUACUGCUGAGGACCGGGCAGUGCGCCUUCGCGGGGGCUUCGAUUGGGGUGAUGCUCUCGGCCUUUGGAUUCUCCAACUACACCGCUUUCUGCUACUUGAUUGCUUCUAUGGGGCUGCAAGCAUUGUGGAGCUUGGGACUUGCAUGUCUUGAUGUCUAUGCUUUGAGGAUUAAAAGAGAUCUGCAUAACCCUGUGCUAGUAAGCUUGUUCGUGGUUGGUGACUGGGUAACAGCAACUCUAUCGCUUGCCGCAGCAUGCUCUUCAGCAGGUGUGACUGUUUUGUUUGUGAGAGAUGUGGGCUUCUGCAGUAGGUAUCCUCAACUCUCAUGUGGCAGAUAUGAGAUCUCCAUUGUAUUGGCUUUUCUCACAUGGCUGCUUAUCGCUGUAUCUUCGCUAGUGAUGUUUUGGCUCCUGGCAUCUGUUUGACUGCUUUUGUAUAUGUUUUUGCUGUAGUAGUAAAUUCUUUGGGACAAAAUGUUUCUUUCAUUGUCAUUCUCAGAGUUCCAAGAAUGUUUGAUGGACCUACCUGUUACUAUUGAGUUCUCAGUUACACAUUAUGCUUAAACUAUCACGAGUUUCAAGCCAUCCUGCCUGGCCAGCAAAUUUGUUUAACUUUCUAUUAUGAUUUAUGAGAAUUCCUUAGAUUGUUGCUAUUUCUGAAAUUGUA